AUGAAAAUAUUUUUAAACGAGAAGGAUUCAGAGUUACUCGAAAAGUUUUGUGAUUUGAAAUUUGAAUUACAACUUGCUUAUUUAGUAGAUAUUUUUGAACACUUAAAUAACCUUAAUUUGCAACUUCAAGGUUUGGGAAACAAAACCUUGGAAUUUAGAGCAAAUAUUUUUAUUUUUGAAGAUAAAAUUGGCGCAUUUACUUUCCAAACUCUUAUCAACAACGAUCAAUAUGCUGAUACUAGAAUCGAAAUUCAACAGAACAUAAAAAAACAUUUGGAAAAAUUAAAAUCUGAAUUUACUCGCUACUUUCCGGAAUGGAACAAAGCUAACAGUGUUCAAAAAAUUAUUCGAAACCCUUUUUGUGCAAAAGUGGAAGAAGCCCCAGAAUAUCUUCAAGAAGCUGUCAUCGAACUGCAAAAUGACUUUGACUGCAAAUAUAUGUUUGAUUCUGGUAUGAACCUUGAGGAAUUUUGGUGCAGAAGGGCAACAUUACAUAUUAAACUCCGGGAAAUCGCCUUGCGUUAUUUACUUGUAUUUUUAACUACAUAUUUGUGUGAACAAGGAUUUUCUAGUCUACUUGUCAUCAAAAAUAAACAGAGGAAUCGCUUAUACGUAAGUGACGAUAUACGUUUAGCUAUGAGCAACAUUCAUCCGAGAAUUGAAAAACUGGUCAAAGAAAUGCAGUCACAAAAAUUACAUUAA